CUGACAACCUCAAUUAAAAACUGCACAAACUAAUCUUGGACCAGCUGUGCCGUGCUCACGUGACAUCAUUUUUCUGCGACUACCGGAAGAGACGUGGCAAAAUGUCAGCGUCUGAAAACGUUCACAUUUUCUAGAUUUAGCUGACCAAGUAUGUAGAGCGGAACAUCAGUAUUUUUACAACCCUUCCUUCAUACGAAAAAGCAUCGAGGAGAAAGCUUGUGUAACAGUACUACAGACAGACCAUGGGUCUGUGCAAGUGUCCUAAGAGGAAGGUGACCAACCUGUUCUGCUUUGAACAUCGGGUGAAUGUUUGUGAGCAUUGCCUGGUCUCCAACCACAACAAGUGUAUAGUGCAGUCCUACCUCCAGUGGCUUCAGGAUAGUGAUUACAGCCCUAACUGUCGACUGUGUAAUAACCCACUGAUCUCCCAGGAUACUGUCAGAUUGGUCUGCUAUGAUGUAUUCCACUGGGCCUGUCUUCAUGACCUGGCAGCCCGGUUGCCCCUACACACUGCUCCUGCAGGAUACCAGUGCCCCAGCUGCCAGGGUCCAGUGUUUCCCCCCUCCAACCUGGCCAGCCCAAUAGCUGACAUGCUGAGGGAACAGCUCUCCUUAGUCAACUGGGCAAGAGCUGGACUAGGCCUACCUCUGAUUGAUGAACCUGUAGAAGCUAUUCAAGACAGCACACAGGAUGUCACUGAUUAUGCUGACUGGUCCACAUUUGAUGCCCCAGGAUUGGAGACCACUGAAGCUUACCCCACCCACUCCUACACCCCCAGCCCGGCCCCUACUCUAGUUCCACCUCCAGUACAGGAAGAUCAUGGAAAUCUCGACAACAACGGGGGGAUGGUAGCACAAGAACAACACUCUGGGGUCAACAUGAUCACUGCAACCUCCAGUGACACAAUCACCCUACACACAGCAUCAACCCCAAGGAAAGUCUAUGACACACGGGACUCUGGUCCCAGCUCUAGUUACAGCGCUGGACACAGCUCUGUGACACAGAUCGACUUUGACGACGACAAGUACCGGCGACGACCAGCACUCAGCUGGUUUGCACAGAUUCUCAAAAACCGGACGGGUUCAAAGAGGACAGGCCUGUCCUGGAAACAGAGGGUCUUCAUGCUCCUUCUGGUUGGAGUUCUGGGAUUCUUUACCUUGAUUAUCAUUAUGGCUAAACUGGGCCGUGCUUCAGCUGACUCCGACCCCAACUUAGACCCCCUACUAAACCCCAACAUCCGAGUGGGCAAAAACUGACCAGCACCCAACUCCAUGUCCUGGUGAGUGUUGAACAUGGGGCCGAUCUAAGUCCAUCUAAGAUGGUGGGACCAGUAGAGGCAGAGAGGCACCUUCUCUCUCGGAUAUGAAAGAAGAGGACAGGAUGAUGCGUUUUUGCCCUGCAAAUGAUAACAACCUUAUACCCUUUCCCCUCUUUGGGAUAGGCAGGUGCAAAUUUCCUAUUCAUCUACUACUAAGAACUAAUGGGCUAUAUAACGUGUGUGUGUGUGUGUGUGUGUGUGUGUGUGUGUGAACACAUUCAAUUAUUUACAUUGCUUUUAGAGAUGUAUGUAAAAUUAAUAUAUUUUGACCCACUGUACAUUAAAGUAACUGUCCAGUGAAAAUCUCACUAAGUUCAUACUCUAUUUAACUUUUACCCAAAUAAUGUUGUUGACUCAUCCUAUACUCAUAUUUGUGGCCAAAGCAUAAAUUGUAAUUUUUAAUCCAACACAAACUGAACUCAAACAGGCCGUUUAAAAAAUGCUAGCUAUUUACUCAUAGAGGACGAUGUCAUCCUUAGGAUGAGCUGGUCAAUCAGCGCUUUACACACAUUAAUAUUUUUUAAACCUAAUUACCUCUUUUUUGGGGGGGGAAGGAAGGAACUAUUUCACUCCUAUUGUAAUUAGUUCUAGAUCAUAUUUAAUAUAAAUCUGGGAACACUGGACAGUUACUUUGAAAUGAGAUUGCAGUGAUGGUAAUAAAGGUGAUGGGAAAACAGAAAUGCUGUUCUAUUAGAUAUGGCUUGUUGCAACAUCUGCUAAAAAGGUAUUUUUGGAGUGGGCAUCAAUAACAGUUGUUCAAGUUACUUGAGUGAGUGUGAGGUUUGUGUUGAACUGGAAGAUUGCUGUGUCUGACAUGCACAUACUGUUUUUGAAUGUUGAUUAAAUCUUAAAGAAUGUAAAUAUAGAAAUUGAAUGAAUUACGGUGAAUUUUGUGUUGAACUGGAAUAAAUGAUUCUAACCGAU